AUGAGAUCUUCCAGACAUCCAAAGAAUUUGACCAAAAAUAUCGGGAAAUGGAAAGGUACAAUAAUGAGAAUAGUAGUCAGAUGUUCAGUACAGAACACAUCCCACUUUUUAACAACCACGACACCAAACGUUUAAAUGUGACAGUUAAUUUUUUUUGACUAUACAGUUUACGUAUAUUUUUACCUGAUCGUAACAUAACGUCUAUCUUCAGUAUUUGCCUUAUAAAAUAAAAGAAGACAUUCACUUUUGUAUACAGUAUAACACAGUUUAGUAUAACUACAUAGGUGAUUAUUGAAAAGUCUCCACGCUGAUUGGUUGCGCAUGAGGUGAUUAUAACGCGAUAAUCAUUCAAGCGCUUUCAAGAAUGGUGGCAAGCCGUUUUGUCUAAUAAAGUGACCAAUAAAUGUAUAUUUUUGUAUUGUUUUCCAAAACAAUCACCAUUGUUUUCCAAAACAAUCACCUGUUAAUUUAUACUAAAACAAUUUAUACUAAACCUCAGACUCGGUGAUUAUCGUGAAUAAAAAGCUCGACUUAGUCUCGGUUUUUACUCACCGAUAAUCACCUCGCCUUCGGCAAAUAAUUGUUAAAUAAUCGACAGACAUGUAUAUCAUGUUAGUUCUUCAUUUUGUAUGGUACACUUCUGAGCGUUAAUUUUUAUUCUGCCUCUAGCUGAAGAAUUCUCUAAAUUUGCAUUCCCUGCGUCAGAAGUAGUAUUUAACGGUCUCUUUACUACAAUAAGUCUCAAGGAACAGUGGUCUUGUCUGGCUCGCAUUGUUGAAUUUAUACAGAACCAUGCUAGGAAUGGAUGGACUGAAGAUGAUGCUCAGACAUUCCAUGAGAUGGCUGUGCGUUAUGGUGUCCUUUUGGAAGAGAACCGAGGGCCAUCGGCAUGUCCUAUUAUUCUUCACAAUCUACUUCACUUCAAGGAUGAUAUAAAAAAUUUCAGUGGCCUUGACAACUAUUCUUGUUGGACCAAGGAACGUGCAGUCAAGAGAUACACAAGGAACCCAAGCAAUUGCAAGAACAUUGAAUGCACCUUUGCUGCGUCUGAGUCCCGUCGUGAAUCACUGAAAGUAAUCAAAGAAAGAGAAAGCCAAACCCCUAACGAAGAUAGUGUGAAUGAAGAUUUAGUAAGCACUUGCAAUAAAAUAACGCGGCAGUGCAACUUUGAAGAGUGUUAGCUUUUUGAGUGGAAACUGGGUCCAUGAGUCGUGAAAUUGCGAGGGUUCAUCUUAGUGUGUGUGUGUGUGUGUGUGUACUGUAUACUGGGUGUCUCAAAAAAAAGUAUCGGUCUUUGGUUUGUUAUACCGUUAAAACUGGACAAGGAGUUUCAAUCAAAUAGACUUCACUGAAUUCAGAAAGGCCUAACUUAAAUUUUGAUAUAUGACUUGAAGAUAUUUGAGCAAACUGAAUGAAAUACUACAGUUUCAUUUCGAAGAAGCGAUUUUGAAAAUGCUUAAAAUUACAUUAAAUCGGCCUAUCAAAUUAACAUUUAAUUUAAUGCUGUUCUUGUCAACACAACACACGAUAAAUAAUAUUUACACAUUCGAUGAUUUAUUCAUCUGAAAAAGCAUGUCCUCGAACACCUAUAUAACGUCGUGCUCUGCGGUUAACCAUGCCAGAAAAAGCGCUUUGUAUCAUUUGUGCAUCUAAACUUUGGCACGCUAAGAUAACUGCCUGGCGGAGCUGUCUCAAAUCCCUAGGCUGCUGCUCAUGCGGGACGUUCCAGAUUUGUUGCUUGAAUUCGAACUUUGGCAUUCGAAUUUUUCAUUUCCCACAAGGCCCAAAGGUCAAAAUAUUUUAUGUAAACCAUAAAAUAAUACAAGAUUGAAGCUAACUUCUUUAAAAUUUCCAAUACUCCCGAAAAAAAUACCAAAUGUCUUCAAAUAAAUUUAAUAAGCCGUUUUAGUCGAUUUUUUCGCCAAUUUUCAAACAGAACUUUGGCUAAAAACAUUUAUAUCUCGCCCAAUAUGAAAUGAAAGAUCUAGCACUGUAUACCAAAAUUUGGAUUUCUCUUGAUAUAGUUGUGGGCAAAAUCUAUUGAUCAAGCACGGAAAUUGUAUAAAGCAAGCCAAGUGGUUCAAGAGAAAAGUUCUAUAGGGAUUUUAGUUGGUGGUCCACAUCGCUUUGUAUUGUUGUAUCAAAUACAACACGAAAUUGCAGUAAUGAGCAAUGUCCGUAAUAAUGAUGUUAUUGAUGGUGCAACUAGUUACAGAAGUAUCUGGAAACCCAAUCAUGGAUUUAAUGGUCUACUAUACAGAGUUAGAGAAGAAGCAAUUGUUGUUGCCAUUCAGGGUGGUGAAGUUUCUGUACAAAUACAGAAAAUAUUUACAGUUCUUGUUGCAGGACAAAGUAAACAUUUCCUGUAUUGUAGCAUAUUUAAAGAAGUGGUCGGCAAUAAUGACAGUGGAAGACUGGUUCAGACUAGUGAAAACACAAUUGUUGUUCCAGCAGAGAAUAUCAGUCGUAAAAUUAUGGUUGCAAAAGCUGAGCCUAUUAAUGGGCAACCAACAUUCCUAAUUGUUGACUACAUGCGACGAAUUUUCCCUGUUCGACCUGGAACUGUUGUUGUUCCGUACUUCCCAUGCAUUAAUGAUAUGAUUCUUGUUAGAGGAGAUAAUGAAGAUACAGUCUGGAGGGCCAGAGUUUUAUCCUUUCGAAUGAGAAGACUGAGUUUCUGGCUGCUUCUUUCGCCAGCGACCUGA